AUCUGGUUUUAGCAGGCAGUCGCGUUUGCAACGAUCUGGCGAGCGGUAGUUGAUUUUCCACUGGGCGAGAGAAAGGAAUGGCGAGUCGCGAAUCGGAAUCGAAACCAGAAAACCUGAAAGCCGGAAAACGAGGCCAGAACACAUUGAGAUUCAGAAUCAGGAGCAGAGUAACUAGGACAAAAUGAGCCAGAGCCAAAGCCAGAGCCAGCUGAGUACAGAGCAACUGCUCUUCGAGGAGAAGCCCCUGUAUGUGCCCCCAUUGUCGGAGCUGCAGAACGUUAUACAGGGUGCCUUGAGCGAGAACUUUGCCAGUGUGGACGUGAGUGUGGGUCCUUGUCCGGACUUGAAGGCCAAGCAGUUCAGCUUGGUGGAGAGCGGACUGGGUGGCAAGCCCACUCUGCUGGAGGCCGGCGGACCGCCCUUCCUGCUGCCGCUCGUUCAGCGGGAUAAGCUGUACAACAUCAAGGAGAUCACGCGCAAGAUCCAGGGUCCCGGCAAGAUCUUCGCCGUGGGCGCAGGAGCAGGUCCUUGGCCCAUCCGGGGAUCUAACUGCGAGGGCAUUUUCAACCUGUCGGUGAGCGAGAAGGACGAGCUGACGAACGGCAGCUACACGGCCACCGUGCGGGGAGCCCAGGAGGAGUGCGUCCUGGAGAAGAUCCCCCACAGCGAACCCCGCUGCGCCCUGCUCCUCAACCUCUUCCUCAGUCAGGGAAAGCCCGGCGAUGUCCUGAAGAUCACCGCCAAGAAGCGCACCGGCGAGCAGAACUUCAUCGAGUGCAUCCGAAAGGGACUGGAGAACCACUACGGCGACAAGGUCGUGGGCCUGGGCGGGAUCUUCGUGAUCAAGAAGGGCGCCGCCCACCAGCACGUGAUGCGGGACUUCAGCAAGACGCCGAUCCACACCGACGAGGAGGUGAACGAGUGGCUCAAGUUCUACGAGAUGCCCGCCCAGCUGAACGCCGUGGGCACCCUGGUGACCAAGGAGCACGACCUCGACCUCCGCCUGCAGCACUUCCACUCCUUUUCCUUCGAGAACUGGGGUGGCCACUACCACUACGACACUACACCCGAUGUGGUUGAGUACGAGGCCUACCUGAAUGUGGCCGAGCGGGUGGUGCGGGUGGACAAGCCCGUUUCCACCCACAAGGUGGGUCGGGACUAGAUCUUAUCACCCGCAUCUGCCGUAUCUAGUUGUAGCCGACUUUUCCAUUGCCCAAAGCCCCCCAUAAAUAAUUUUAAAUAAAACCUAGAGUAAACUCGAAAA